UGUAUAAUGACGUCAUUCAUCAAUAUAAACAUGGCAGCCCUCAAUGUUUUGGUUUGUGAAAAAUGGAAUAGUUAAAGAGCAGCAUGGAGCUUUGAAUGGGCGGGGCUCAUGGGUGAUCAUGAUGACAGAAAAAGAAAAGUGGGCGUGUGAGUACUGCACCUAUGAGAACUACCCUGUCACCACUCGAUGCACGCUAUGCCACGCCCACAGACCGCCAAGCUUCAUCACAGAUAGACAUAAUGAGGAACAGGACAUUUACAAAAUGGCCGCCACCAUGGGCCAGAAUAAGGAGGGAAACAUGAGUAAUCUGUCAUCAGGAUCCAGUAGUGCUAGCUACGACCCUGCCAAUAAAUGGGCAUGUACAUCUUGUACGUUUCUCAACUGGCCCAAAACCACAAAGUGUUCUCAGUGCUUGACACCCAGAACCCGUCCUUCCGGUAGUCUUAGUCCUACCACAGACCGAUCUCCACCUAUCACACCAUCAGGAGCAAAUGCAGCAGAGAGUCAAAGAGCUCGACGGAAGACCACUCAAAAUAAAGAGUUUCCCUCAUCACCAAAGGCAGCUAAAGCCAUCAAUACUAAUGAUAUUAAUAAUAAAACCCUUGCCACCUGUUAUGCAAAGGUAAAAUGGACAUGUAAAAUAUGCACAUAUGAAAAUUGGCCAAAGUCGGCUAGAUGUGUUAUGUGUGGUUUGUUGAGGGGAAGAACAUCGCCUGAGAUAACCUCCAUGGCAACAGCUUUGGAAAACAAUACUAGUACAUCAAAAAUAUCAGGGUCCACACUCCAGCAAUCAAGUGUAAUAACAAAACAGACAGUGUCGCCAACGAGCAGCCUAGCAGCUGGUACCUCUGGACGAGAUCUAGGGGCUCGGUCGCCAGAUAUAGGCACAGCAUGCUCAUCAGCAGGGUUACAUGUUCAGGAGGAAAAGAGAGAAACUGAACGCAAACUUAAACAAAUUAGAAAUUGCAUGCAAGAAGACGAUUGGUUGUGGCUAAGUGCAUGUAAUGGCGUUGUCAACGGUGAUUCUCGGCCUGUGGAGACGUUUGUAAGCUCAGGAGGAGAUCCCGCAAGACAACUAACACAGGAGGAGGUAACUCUGCUCAACAGACCAAGUGCUUUUGAAGUAGGUUAUACUUUAGUUCAUCUUGCCAUCAGGUUUCGUCGUGAAGACAUGCUGGCAGCUUUGCUCACCAGCACUGAAGCCCCUUCAAAGGCUGUUAAACGACUUCCGUCUCAUCUUAGUGCUGAUUUAGCCUCCGAAAUUCGGCGUGAAAUAUUGGCCAUGCUGCGACAAAGAAAGGGGGAGUUCCCAUGCCAGUUUUUGACUGAUUGUGUCACAUUUGCCAUACCAACAGGUGUUCGAGACUUGCCAAACACUGUUCAGAGUCAACUGUUUGAUGAAAUCAUGGAUGGAGAUGUUCAAAAAGAACUAGAGGACGAGUAUGUUAUGAACUGGAGCGUUGAGCUAACAGACAGAUUAGGCAGUCGUCUGUAUGCUCUGUGGAACAGAACUGCUGGUGACUGUCUCCUUGAUUCCAUCCUUCAGUCCACAUGGGGCAUUUUUGACUCUGACAACACUCUGAGGAAAGCCAUGUCGGACAGCCUCAGUGAUGCAGCCAUGAUGUUCUAUCCUCGCUGGAAAGAGUAUGAGGCGAUGCAUGCCGAGAUGCUUCACUUCACGCUUGACGAGGCUCAGUGGCAGAAUGACUGGGCAGACAUUCUCAGUAUUGCUUGUACUCCAGGUGCUUCUUUGGAACAAAUCCACAUUUUUGCCAUAGCUCACAUUCUCAGGAGGCCGGUAAUAGUGUACGGCGUUAAGUAUGUUAAAAGUUUUCGUGGAGAAACUAUUGGACUAGCACGAUUCCAAGGUGUAUACCUGCCUUUACUGUGGGAGAGAGGGUUCUGUUGGAAAUCUCCCGUCACUCUGUCCUACACACGCGGACACUUCUCAGCCCUUGUUCCUAUGGAAAUGAACACUGGUGAUGUCAUCGGGGCUGGUGCAGUUGUUGAGAACUCCGAAGAGGAGCAGGUGGCUUACCUCCCUUUGGUUGAUGUAGAAGGGAAACUACUUCCUGUACAUUUCUUAAGGACAUCAGAGGUAGGUCGAGAAGAACCUCUAUUACGGGAGUGGCUUGAUGUCUCCGUUACAAAGGGCGGUAGUCUAGUAGCCCUUCAGAAAAUAGGAAAGCGUCCACUACUGGUCAAGCGGAUGUUGGAGGACUGGGUUGACCAUUAUCGCCAACUGUCACACUCGGUUGUACCCUCAGGAACUCCAGCUAGUCUGGCCGGUCAGAACUUUUCCAGUGAUGGGGAAAGUGAUCAGGAAUAGUCUUUCAUUUUUUAAUACCAAAUUUUACCAUUUGUUGGAUUUUUUUUCACAUACCUUUCAUUUCCCAUUUAACCAACUUGUUGUUGUUAGAACAUAAGAUGAAGUAGCCAUGUCAGAUUCAAUUCUAAAGUCACUGAAGUGUUCCAGUUACACAUAUCAGUAUUUCUGUUGUUGUUUGUAAAAUCUGCAAUUGACAAAUCAUCAAAAUGUACAAUUUACUACUAGAUUUUUAAAUGGUUUCAUUUCCUAGAUAUUUCUUUGCAAAAUUCAUUCCCAUUUUCAAUUUCAAGAGUAAUUAUGAACUUGUUCUUCAUAUAUCCCAGCACCGAAUCAUGAAUCACUUGUAUUUGUAAGUACCAUGGCGUACUAUAAGUUUACAUAGCUUGAUGGAAUUAGUCCUUAAUGAUAGGGGGGGGGUUAACUUAUUUCAUUCAGUAUUUCACAGUUAUCAUUCCUAUGUAAGCACGGCUAUAGUGUUAGUAUAUUAGCAUUAUGUGCUCUGUAGCGAGUCUAAGUAUCAUACAAGAAGUAGCUACAUUGAAAAAACACCCUAAUGUUAAUGGCACACAAAUUACAAAAAGGAAAAAUAAAAUCACAAAACUGUGAAGAAUAUUAAAAUUGACUUAAUAUUGAAUUUAAUAUUGGAAAGAUCAGAAAUACAAGUAUUUUGUUUGUGUCUACAUUCUGGAUUCCUAAUCAAGGAAGACAGUAUGCCUGUUGUAUGUGGUGAAGUAAUCAGUCGAUUAAUAGUACCACAAAUGGUUUAGCCUGUAAUCAUCAUUCUCCUGGUGACCCGUACAUAUAGUCAAAAACUUUAUUCAGGGCCUGCCUUCAGGACAUCCAGUAUCAUUUUUCAAUUUCUUCAUUAGCUUUUUACUACUGUAACAGUACAUAUAACUAAGCAUUCAUUUUUUUAUACAGGUGGUUUCUUAAAAACACAAGUUCAGGUAAUUAACUUGGUUAGAUUGCUGUUAGGAGUUGUAUAGUACAGAUGUUCUUAUGAACAAGUUUGAAUGAAUACAUGUUCAUACAUAACAAGAAAAGAAAUACUUAUUAGUUUACAUUGCUCAAAUUACUGAAUAUUUAUAGUAUCCUGUGCCAUGAUAUUAGAUAUUGAAACACUGCCCAUUAGAGUUUAGAUAGACACUUUUAUAUACUGUAUAUAAACUGUAACUAUGUAACCCGAAAAUCUAUCAUCUUAAAAAAACUCUAUCAUACUACAAAAAUCUAUCAUCUUAAAUGCAAAUCUGAAGUGAUCUCAUGUUUUAGUUGAUAUUGUGAAGGUUAUUUUAUUGCAAAUUUUCACUGAUUUGAA